GGAAAAUUAUGAGAUUGUUUUCUUUUUUAUAUUUCAUGUAAUAAAAAUUUCCGGACCUAUGCGUACAUUGGAGCUUGUCUAACUGGACCUUUGCUUAUAAUAGUUGAGUAGCCCUGACCUAUACCAACACCUUGUACCCAGUUUCCUCAAUCCUCGUGUCCUAAUCCUUCCUCUGUGAAACCAACCCCUCUUGCAGCACCAAGGUCUAGUGUAACUUCCGGUAUUAAUGAGUAUAAUAAUGGUAGUAACGUGAUGCCGGUAAGUUUUACAAAUACCAAUAUUUGAAGCAAAAUGUUCACUCCAUGAUCCCAUGAAACGACAGGAUGACUUUGAACAAUGGAUUCGUAAGAUUUAAAUUGUCAUUCCAGAGGGACAUUAAAGUUGCAAAAAUACAUUGUCAAGGUCAUGCUGAAACUAUUGUUAAUAGUGGUCAGUUUGGACAAUUUACUACUUGGAAUGAAUUUAGACUGGCUUUAAGGGACAAAUUUGGUAGUGUAAGAAGUUCAGGGGAUUUCUUUAGAAGGAAAGAAUCUAUUAGACUUAAGCAAGGACAGUCGCCUAAAGAUUUUCAUAUUGAACUUGAAGCAGCAGUUCUUUCAAGUGCAAGGGAUUUUCCUAAUGAAAUUGGGGAUGUAACACUAACUGUGAAAAGACUUUUUCUUCAAGGUUUACCAGAACGAUUACGAGCCUUGGUUGUUUCAGGUGAAGAUGGUCCUUUGACACAACUCGUCACGAAUACAGAAUGUAUCUGGCACUGUCAGUAUAAUGCAUUUUAUUUGAGGGAAAGAAGACUAUUCUCGGGUGUGUCGUCUGUCAGUUCGAGUCUAGCAACUGCUAAUAGUGAGCCGUACUGCGCUUUCCACCGCUCCAAAGGACACCUCACAAAAGAUUGCAGAGCUAUCUGCAUGGUCUGUUCCUGCCGCUGUCCUGAUCAAUGAAACCAAGUGGAUCUGAUGCUGUUUGCUGCUGUCAUCCCAGUGGAUUGAAUGUCAUGACUUCUUGCAGCCCUGUUCCAGCCUCCGACCACCUUGUGGAGUCCCACGGCUUAGAAUCCUGCCUUAUCUCUACCCUGAUCUAUUCCUGCUUCCUCUUGUACACUGCAUAGAUGCAAGCUCGCAUGCUGAUAAUGGACCUCGGAACCUGAGUACCUGCAACCCUAUGACCCACUGAAUGUGACGCCCAAAGGAUUUCACACCAGAUUCCAGCCUCAUUUUUGGUGAAAGGGUGUCGGCUUUCGCUUUGAGCCGAUAGUCAGUCGAGGGUUCCCAAGUCACCCUCUCCUUUUCCGGGAUCGGGAGGGAUGUAGUGAGGCAGCCAUACGUCUUUUUCCACGGGACUUUCAACCCUAUUUUCGCCUUAACCUGCGUCGCAUCUUAAAGGAGCUACAAACCAGCAAACAACCCAUCGUCUUGGAAGACCAUCGGCCAGGACUUCUACCUUCCCGCGCUAAAUUUACGUCAGAGUAAUUGUUGAGCUUCUCAGGUAGUUGGCUGAGAGCUCGUGACCUGUACACACCAUUCAUAAGUAUCUGGCUGUUGUUGUUCCUUAUUUUUAUUACUGAUGCUCGUUUUUUUUUUCGUUUAUAUCAUUUUGUUUAAUUUAAUAAAUGUGUUUUUUUCUGUCCAUUGAGUAUUUAUUCAAUUCUUACACGCUACCUAAAUUAUAAGAAUUGCUCGGCUUGAGGGCUGUGUAAAAGCCAACGCUUACAAGGGCCAGGCGGCUGUUGGUUGGGCCGGUUCUUACCGCCCAACACCGUGCAGCCCGACUGGGCUUCAGCAGGGACCAC